CGGAAGCCGCGGCGCGAUUGGCUCGGGAGUCCGUCAGUUACGGCCCGACGCAGUUGGGUCUUGCUGUUGGGUCGUGCCUGGAGGGAGGGAGAGAAGAACGUUAGGAGCCGCGAGUGGAGGCGCGCCUGCAGCCGGAUAAACUUCUCCAAGUCUUGUUGGUACCAGAACGACAUUUGGAACAAGCAAGAAAAGUGACUGUCGUGCUCUCAUCUCAAGGAGCCCGGGGUGCAGAGCCAGGGUAAAGCCCCGAGCAGCCUGGUGUGACCCAAAAAGGCAAACUCCAAGCCGAUGGACACCGUGUAGCCGCAGGCAGGGAUGGUCGGCUACGACCCCGAGGCGGAAGACAGGACGGUGUCCAGCGCGCAGGUGGCGGCGGCCGGCUCCAUGGCCGGGCUCAUCACUCGGGCGCUCAUCAGCCCCAUGGACGUCAUCAAGAUCCGCUUCCAGCUGCAGGUGGAGCGUCUGUCCCCCAGGGACCCCAGAGCCAAGUACCACGGCAUCCUGCAGGCCGCCAGGCAGAUCCUGCGGGAGGAGGGCCCCAGGGCCUUCUGGAAGGGCCACGUCCCGGCCCAGCUGCUCUCCGUGGGCUACGGGGGCGUGCAGUUCAUGUCCUUCGAGACCCUCACGGAGCUGGUGCAGAAGCGAGGCGGCGAGCUCAAUCCCAGCAAGUUCUCGGUGCACUUCCUGUGUGGCGGGCUGUCGGCCUGCGUGGCCACCCUCGCCGUGCAGCCCGUGGACGUCCUGCGCACCCGCCUCGCAGCCCAGGGCGAGCCCAAGGUCUAUAGAACACUGCUCGACGCGGUGGUGACCAUGUACAGGACCGAAGGGCCCCUGGUCUUCUACCGCGGCCUGCAGCCCACCCUGCUGGCCAUCUUCCCCUACGCCGGCUUCCAGUUCUCCUUCUACAGCUCCCUGAAGCAGGCCUACGAGUGGCUCCUGCCCCGCGACAGCUCCAACGGGAACUUAAAGAAUUUGAUUUGUGGCAGCGGAGCUGGAGUCAUCAGCAAGACCCUUACGUACCCCCUGGACCUCUUCAAGAAGCGCCUGCAGGUCCGCGGGUUCGAGCACGCGCGCACCAACUUCGGCCAGGUCCGCAGGUACACGGGCCUCCGGGACUGCGCCCGCCAGGUGCUGCGCGAGGAGGGCCCCCGCGGCUUCUUCAAGGGCCUGUCCCCCAGCCUGCUCAAGGCCGCCAUGUCCACUGGCUUCGUGUUCUUCUGGUACGAGUUCAUCUGCAGCCUCUUCCACUGCCUGAACAGGAGCAGCAGAUAGCCCAGGGCCCCCGCCCGAAGGUCUCCGUCCCCGGCCGCUCUGGCCCGUGCCACCUGCGCCCUCUCUGCCCGGCCUUGCAGGAGGAGACCCCCGGGGCGGGCAGACACAGGACACCCGCCGGAGGGCCUGAGCUCGGGCCUGGGAGGACUAGGACAGAGGGGGCUGGAAGGGGCCUUGGCUUCGGCUGCCCCCCAAGGCCCCGUCUUCUCUGCGGGGGGUGUGGCGGCCACACUCGGGGCCCCUCGCUCCCCUGACAGACAUUAAAGCUGCCAGCACAUUCCAC